AGAGUAUAAAUGAGAACACGCUUGUAAACUACUGCAUUCAGGAUUUUGAAUCUGCUCUGAUUGGAUUUAUUCACUUUUAACAGAACACUUCUCUCAAGCUCUUUUAAAGCCAACGAUGAUGACUGUCAAAAUCUGCACAUUGGGCUUCAUCUUGUGUGGAGUCUUCAUCAUGGAAACAGAGGCAGCAAAGUGUUGUCUCACCUAUAGCCAGCGAGAAAUACCCUGUCGAAGACUGAAAGGCUACGAUAUCCAGGGUAUCACUGGGAGAUGUGACAUGCCUGCAAUUAUCUUUCACAGACUGGGAGGAAAAUUAAUAUGCGCAGACCCGGCAGAACAUUGGACUCAAGAAAGAGUCAAAUGCCUGAAGUUGCGGGCAGCAGGAAUGAAGACUGGCAAAACCUAUUUGGUGUGAAAGUGCAAAAAGAGGCCAGAAGAUGUUUUAUGAUAUUAUAAAGUCUUAUAUUUUUGUACUUUAGCCUAAAGAAAAAUAAUAUUAUAUACCAGUUUUAUUCGUACUUUCUUGUGCAUUUCUGGGGGGGAUAUCGGAAUAUGUUACUUAACUUAAAAGAUUAAUUAUCUCAAGCUUACCUCAAUAAUGAUAAAUAUUGAUAAUAAAUAAAUGUGUUCUAUGUUUUACAA